UCUUUUUGAAUUCCCCUACGUUUCCUUCUAUGAAUGUCUGGACGACUGAGGAAGGCGGCGUGAUGCACAAUGUUGGUCCAUUGCUGCCGCCACUCAAUCUGCCAGACCAACCAGCGACGACCGAGGGGUUGUCCAGUCGACGACUCCUCGUGAAUACGUCCAUCACGACUACCACUACUGAUACUGAUACUGCCGAUACUACCGAUACUGCCGAUGCUGACGAUACUGCUGCAGCGCCGCGCGGAAUCGACGCCCUGCCAAACGAACUCUUCCUGACAAUCUUUGCCUACCUCGACGCAGUGACCUUGUUCAGCUGCAGCCAAGUCUGCUCGCGUUGGCGCGGUCUCAUGUCGUCGGCCGUCAUGCUGCGCUCGAUGGACCUCUCGCGGGACUUUGGCUCGGUGGCCUUGCUGACCCUCGUCGAAUCGGCUGCUCCUGCUGCUGCAGACCUCCUUGCGUCAUCAGCACUGCAGAGCGCCCCGUCGGAUGCCGCCACCACUCGACUGGCAGCUGCGGCUGCCAAUAGUACUAGCAAUGCCUCGAAUGCACCGAGCCAUGACAGGGCAGCAGCAGGCACGGCACGCAGCCCCAAAUUUCGCAUCGCCUGGCGAAACUCGACCCGUUUGACACCGUUACCAGAUCUCACCGGUCAAGUCGCCACAACUAUUGCGCAGACUGUGGAAGCAGACUCGACACUGGCAAAUAAGACCCCUGAGACUGCUACUGACGCUUUACCGCGGGAUGCACACGAUGAAGAACCACCCAUCAAGAUUGUACUCGCAAGACGAUCUUCCAGUUCCCUGCCGUCGCAGUCGGGUUCGUCGACAGCGGUGCCUCCUGUUGAAGGCGUGCGCAAUUCUACUGCUGCUGCUGCUGUCCCCACUGCUACCACUGCUGCUACUGCUGCUACUGCUGCUACUGCUGCUACGGCCCUUGUGGAGAUGGCUCGCGCGCCUGAACUUUCCUCAAAACUCGCAUCCAUGCUCCUGGAAGCGGCUGCUGCGACGUCCUCGACGGCCAUUUCGUCCGCUGCUCCUUCCUCUUCUAGCCUUGCCGUUAUUGAUGCUGCUUCAGGACCCUCAGCCAGGGUACCGUUGCACCACCGACCAGAGGGCGACAUUGUCACCCAGCUAUCUCGCUGGCUACUGCGGAGACACCUGCGACUCUUCUCCUCCCACCUGCGGUACCUUGACUUUUCGCAUUCGCCGGCUUUCAUCUCAGAGUCCGUUCUCUGUGCAUCGCUGAGUGUCGCUACCGGGCUAGUGUCGCUGAACGUGCAAGGAUGCACCAUCACCAAUCGAACCCUGUUUUGCUUGCCGCCUUCGUUGACACACCUGGACAUUUCGUACUGCAUGGGAAUAUCCGCCGCUGGAAUCAACCACAUUGCCCAUGCGUGUCCCCAAUUGCGCGUGCUCAAGUGCAAGCACGUGAGUGAGAUGCAGGACUUUUCCCUGACCCACCUCGCCCUGUCUGGCCUUCGACUUUCGCAUCUGGAUCUUGAAGGAUGUGGCCAAAUCACCAAUGCUGGACUCAGCGCCUUGCUCGUCGCGAGCGGUGGUGAUCUCAUUGAUUUGUCGUUGCGGGCCUGCGAUGGACUCGAUGGGAGCGCCGCUCGCGCAGUGGCUCAGAACUGUCCCUUGCUCAAACGCAUCGACUUGUCCUACUUGCCGCUGGUUGACUACGACGUGACUGUUCUGGCUUGCUCAUGCCCUCGUUUGACCAGCGUUCGGCUCUGGCGCUGCAACCAGCUAACGGAUCUCGCCGUGACCGACCUUGCCAACUUUUGCCCCUCCAUCACCGAACUCGAUUUGAUGCACUGCAACAGAGGAUUGAUCAAUCCGAGCAUUCACCGGUUUCCAAAGCUUCGCAAGCUCGUUCUGUAUGGCUGUUCGUCGGUGACUCCCGCCACCCUCGCUCUGUGCCUCGCAAUGCCUGGGUUGGAAAACAUCAAUCUUGCCCAUACGGCUGUCGAUGACGACGCAAUCGAGCAAGCAGCGCAAGUGAUCAAGCAACAGUCCCACACUGACCAGGCAGACGAGAGUGUGUCAACGGUUGGCUCUGGCCAGUCGCUGCAUUCGCUCACUCUGACAGACACAACGGUCGGAGAUCGUGGCAUUGCCGCAUUGGUGCAAUUUGCACACAAACUGCAAGUGCUCGUUCUCCGACGGAGCCCAGUCACGGAUGCGUCUACAACGCUUCUUGCCUCUGGCUUUCCGCUUUUGCGCCAACUGUUCUUGAACGAUUGCCGUGGCAUCACCGAUGAGUUUGCCAAUCGAUGGCCAUCCGGCAGCCCCGUGCGCGAGCUCCACACCCGGGGCACGAACCUGAGCAAGCGCGGUGUUGCGUUGUUGUCCCAUCACGCACAAGAUGACAGAUUGGAAUUGAGUUGAGCGUUUAAGUGUCGUCUUCUUUGAGACUCUUGUGCACAAUGUUUUUUUUUUGUUUUGUCAGUUAAUACAAUUGUUAUUUCGAAG